GCACAGAAAGUGUCCGCAGCUGCAGCCUGUGCGCGCCCACGAGCGAGCGAGCGAACUCAUUAACCUCACUCAACUGUUUGCCUCCGAAAAAGAGAAAAAAAGAACACAAAUAUAGAAAAACAAAGCUUGUUACUUGGAGCUCACUACCCGAAAGGACUCGUUGAGGCUGCCGCUUUUUUUGGACGCUUUAACUGCAGGCGGUGGAUUUAUGAAGACUCACAGCGUUUUUAUCACUCUCAGCACCAGAUAGAGGCAACAGGGAGUGAUUUGUGCCCCCCCCCCCUCCUGCCUGCCUGCCUGCAGCCCCCAUGCCAGGCAUUGGCUCCGCCGUCCCUCGUUAUGAAAACUGGGACAUGGACCACCUCGACCACUACCAGCAUUAUUUCUACGACGACCACGACCCCGACGAGGACUUCUUCAAGUCCACCGCGCCCAGCGAGGACAUAUGGAAGAAAUUUGAGCUAGUGCCGACCCCGCCCAUGUCCCCCAUCCGGUCGGUGGAAGGGUCGGGCAAGGUCGGGCUGCUGUGCCCGUCCCUCGGGGACAAGUUGGAGUGGGUGUCCCAGUUCCUGGGGCAGGAAGAUGAGCAGCUGCAGGACCUUCCGUGCAAGCUGGCGACGACCAAUGACUCCUUCGGGAACCUGAGCUCCAUCAUCAUCCAGGACUGCAUGUGGAGCAGCUUUUCGGCCGGACAGCAGCUGGAGAGGGUGGUCGGGGAGCGAUGCGCUCCGUGUCCUGGGAUGGGGGCAGCGGCGGCCGCCAAAGUGGCGGCGUGCGCCAACGUGACGUCCCCCGGGAGGGCGCAGGGCAGCCUCUCGGAGCCGCCGGCCCUCAGCGGCUUGGCCGCGGACUGUGUGGACCCGGCCGCCGUGCUUACUUUCCCCGUCAGCGGCGGCGGAUGCAAGAAACAGGUGUCCUCGGGUUCAGAGUCACAAUCCGAUUCAUCAGACGAUGAAGAUGACAAUGACGAGGAUGAAGAAGAGAUCGAUGUGGUGACAGUGGAGCACAAGCGGCAGCGUAAACCUCGUCGAAUGGUCAACACCCGGAAGCCGGUCACCAUAACGGUGCGAGCCGACCCGCACGACCCCGGCAUGAAGCGCUUCCACAUUUCCAUCCACCAACAGCAGCACAACUACGCUGCCCCCUCCCCGGACACGCUGCCGGCGGCUCCUGAGCCGCCCCGGAAGAAGGUCCGGCAGGAGGCCUCGGCCCCCGUGAGCCAGCCCCAGCAGAACUUUAACUACCACCAGCCCCAGCCCGGCCACGCCCCCUCGAACUCGGACACCCGCAAGUGUCCCGUAACAGCCGCCGGGCUGCGCUUGGAGUCCCCCAACUUCUGCGCCGCUUCUCCUACCUCAUCCACAUGGCCUUCAUCUCCACCUUCCUCCUCCUCCUACCACCCGCAGAGCUCGCCGUCGAAGCCCCUCUCCCACCUCUCCAGCCCGCAGUCGUCCGACUGCGAGGACACAGACAAACGCAGGGCGCACAACUUCCUGGAGCGGAAGCGGCGGAACGACCUGCGCUCGCGCUUCCUCUCGCUACGGGACGAGAUCCCGGGCUUGGCGGACUGCCCCAAGACUCCCAAGGUGGCCAUCCUGACGCGUGCCACGGAGUACCUGCAGCAGCUGCACGCCAGCGAGAGACAGCGGGCUCACGAGAGGAAGCAGCUGAAGGCCAAGCAGCUGCAGCUGCUGCAGAGGCUGGCGCAGCUCAAGCGCUCCUGAGCGGCAGGCGCGGGAGGAUCAGCUGUCGUCUCCCACGCACGCGCUUGCAGAACUGAAAGAGACUACAUGAAGGAGAAAAACACACUCUUGUUCACUUUGAGUUGCUCAUACUGAAGUAGUGCAGGUGGAUUUUUUUUUUUUGUAUUUUUAAUUUUUUCCUCAUUUCCUGUUUUUGCACAUUAGCCUCUGAGUGAUUGACAGGCUGUCAGGACAGUAAGCUACGGACUGAUGCUGAGGGGCAUCUUAUGGGCGUGUGUCCAUGGUCACUCAACAAGUGUUAAACUGUCAUAUUUCCACUCUUGAAAUAUCGUAAGAUUUCCGCUUGCUGCAGGAAGGCCUGUUGCGAACAUGGCAGUGUUUAUUAAAUAAACGGCUACAACUGUUCUGUGUUAACUGCUGCACUGUUCAGACUUUCCCUCUAUUGUAACGGGGCUUAUUGUGCUUGCACAGCUGUGGUGUCUCCCCUGAAGUUUCUCCGUAGACCUCCCUAUACAUCUGAUCUCUUUUACGACCCCUGUUCUUUACUGCUUGGCAUGCAACUUCGAAAUUUCAAGUCGCCUGUAACACUUCAGCUCCACGUUUGUCUCCGUUCAAUUUGCCUUUUUUACGUCCCUUUCUUCUCAAACCUCCUCCCUGUUCCUUUUUUCCCCCGAUCACCAGUAUAGAGACUUCUUGCUUCAUGCAAAACCGAAAUGCGUAGCAGUACUGUAAAAGGUAGAGGGACACAAUAUUAUUUAUUCUGCAUGUCUGGAAAAGAUGAGGUUGAGUUUUAGCGUCUGUGCCUGCAGCUUCUAAUCAUUACUUCAGUAUUUCACCACCGCACCACAAACGUCUCGACAGCAGCAGCAGCAGCCCAUUUUUUUUUGUAGCCGUAAUUUGGAGAGGGGAAAAAAAAAAAAGGUUUGCCAUGCAAGCACUUUUGGAGAUGAAGUGAUGCAAAACACUACUAAAAUACUUAAUUAACUCUUUAAUUUUGUGCCAUUGACACCAGCCAAAAGAUGGAUGUUGGCUUCAGUUAAUUAACUCAAUUCCAGGAUUGGAUUAAUAUGAUUCUGUUUCAACGACGUCAAAAAUGACAUCUUUCUGCUAGAGGCCAACUGAGUUACAACUGUAUUUCCUUUGUCUUGCAAUUUUCUUUUGUCUUUGGUGUAAUGCCUCUAGAAGCCUUUCAUUGUAUAUAGAAAAUGCAGCUGGAUGUUUGUGUAUAUGGAUCAUUUUCUGUACAGACCCUUCCAAAGCGAAACCAGAGCUGUCUACUCAUCCUAAUUUUUUGUCGGGGCCCCGUGCCCCAAACCUGGGCCAAGCUUACUGGCUUUUCAGAGAUGAUUCAAAGCUUCUAUUUUUGUUAAUAAAAUUAUUAUAAAAAGAGACAAAAUAAAACACUCUGAACAUUGAUCACACUAGCCACUUUGUUGCAAUGUUUUGUUUUUCUUUGCAAGGCCUACUUUGUUUUCUUUCAUUACUUUCCUGUCUCUGGAGUUUAUUUGUACAAGUCAGACUUGAUGAAAGUUUUAUACUAUAUUUUCCUACAGACGUGUGUUUCAGUGUGAGCAAAUGACUGUUUCUGUUAUUGUAGCGGGCAGGGCUGUAUUGGUGGUUACGUGCUGAAAAUUGGCAUGUGUGUCUGCUUUCUCUCCGGAGAGCUCCUGUAUUCAAUUUAAUCACUGUAGCCAUAGCGCAGUCUUACAUCUGACGUGAAUGCUAUGUGGGAGAGGGGGGGGACUUAAGAGGAUCUACCGAUUAAACUUCUGGCUGUGUGUGAGGCCAUUAUUAACCUUAAUAGUAAUGCUUUUGUCUUUUUUGCAAGCCUGGAGCUCCCUGUUGUCCCAUAAGCUAUCAGACAGGAGACUGUAGUCCUGCAUCUUGUACUGUAAAUGACCAGUAGCAUGCCCUGUGUUACCAGCACUCAGGGAAAUCCAUAUACCGUAGUCUGUAUUCCCUGUCACAGCACUGUAGGCUCUGCUUGAGUUAAAUACUAUUCCAAUAUGCUGUACAUGUCAGAAAAUCUUAAAAGCCAUCACAGUAAUGAGUAGACACAUAAUGCUCUUUUUCCUCAAGAAAUGCAAAUUAAUUCAGCACAAACCACCAGUUGGCCUGAAAGGAUUUAGUCUUUUAUUUUUUUUCUCCAACUGGGUGCACCCAUGUUACUGGCUUGCACUGAUUUCUUUAAUUUAAUUCGUCUUGGUCACUGUUCUCCGCUAUGGCACAGUAAUGGUAGCAGUGGAUAUGGGUUAUGUACUUUGGGAGUUCAGUUGUGGCAAAUUAUUAUUUUGGAGCCUUGUCUCAGCACUUUUUCCCCCCUCUCUGUACCUCACAACCCUCUGUGUAUGAAGAGUAAAAAAAAAAAAAAAGAAUUAAAUGGU